UCCGUGCAAUGGUAUAGCCUGAUACAAUUUUAAAAAUCGUUUGCCAAAACUUAUGUAUAACUUAUUACUUUUAUAUAACAAAAAACUAAUUUAAAUAGAAUUAAUUACUUCUCAACGCACUGAAAUGCUAUAGGGUUUGUAAGCGAACAGCAUGGAUCCUGAUGAGACUGCGCGGAAGCACAGGCUGGUCUGGACCCAUACUUGUCGCAAACGCACUAUGUUGGUUUUGUCGUGACGCGGCUCAUUAAUCAUUUUCUAGUUAAUCUACUAAGAGUCCCUUUGCUAGACAAAGUUUACUCAGCAUCAUGCCUGAGUAACAUAUUAUAAAGCGUCAUCUACUGAAAACCAAAUCUGAAAAAUUUACAAAUAAUUGGAGAGCUAAUUCAAAUAUUGAUAUAAAAAAAGAUCUAUAGCACGCAGUAGGGUUCUAUCUCUAUAAAUUGGUUUGCAGCGCGCUAUAAAACCAUUACAGACGUUUUCAAAUCAGAGAAUACAAUUUAAUAACGGAACUCUUAAAACAGUUGACAGGCACCUUCAUUUUUAUAUCUUUAAUUGGAUUAGGGAAGUAUUCGCCACCGUGUUAUACCUACAUGUUCAUCAAUCGCAUCUUCUCGUCCCUUUCCGUCAAACUUCGAGUAAUUAUAAAUUAUGAAUAAUAGCCGAGGUGUUUCGAUUGCAUGUUCAUAGAAUCGAAAGUAUUGGUAACUAAGGGAUGUACGUCACCCGGUAUUAUAGCUUCAUUAGGAUAUAGAUCACGAACUGAAAUGGAGAUCGCACCAGAAAAGCAAGAAUGGUCAGAACAAAAAGAAGAAGAGGGCAUUGAUGAGGUUAGCUUCGGAGAUAGCACCGGCGAAUGUGAUUUAACUUUAAAAAUUGAGGACAAAAAGAUCUACGUGUGUAAAGCCGUGUUGUGUUUAGCGUCACCUGUGUUUAAAGCAAUGCUGAAAACAGAGGUCAGAGAGAAAGGUCAGGCAGAAAUUGAACUACCAGAAAAGAAGUAUGAAGAUUUCGUAGAGUUCCUGUGCUGCGUUUACCCAAACAAACUGAAACUUAUAACAGAGACAAAUGCAUACAGAGUUCUGCCGCUCGUUUUGGAAUAUCAGGUUAGAAUUCUUGAACAAAGAAUUCAUGAGCUACUUAUUCAAUUAGUGAACGGAAAACACAAAUUGAAUAACACAGAGCUAUACAGGCAUCUACAAUUAGCUGAACUAUACAAUUUAGAUGAACUGAAAGAUCAGUGUAUCGCCUUAGCGUCCGACUUGAGUCUUGACAAAAUGGAUGAUGGUUCGUCUCAGUUUUGUGUCUCGGAUAAAUCAGUUCUACAAAUAAGAUACAUGGCCUUGCAAAAGAGAGAGAAACUUCUACAAGCCAAUGAAUUGGAUAGGGGAGAUGAUAUGUUUUUAUUAAAUAACGCCCACAAAUUGGUAUCAGUACGUAAAUCUGCGAGGGCACCAUUUGCGGGGGAAGACGUUAGGUACAGUGCUUUAAUAAAACAAACUUUGGAGUUUCCAUUCGGAAUCUGUUCUGACAUUUUAAGAGCAAUACGGUUAUGUGUCCGUUACUUUAUUAACGAGACACAUUUGCUUGAAAACCUCAUUUGCAAACUUAACGCGGAAACAGAUGUCGAACUUCAAGCGGUUGAAGGAGAGUUGGAACUUUUGCCAGAACAUAUUCAAACGUCUUUGAGAAAGUAUAACGCGAAGUAGACUAUGAAAAAGCAAUUAAAACAGAUCAAUAUGAAUUUUAACGUCUUUUAUUCCGGGGACUUGAAAUAUACAUUUAAAGUCCAAGUUUAAACACAUCACUUUUCAAUAACAUUGUAAAAUAUGGUAAAACCGAAGGGAAGCUACCUGGUGUGCAACUUCCCACGUAAAAUGUACGUCCUUCCCUGGAUCGAUUAUAACAACUACAACUAUAAUAGAAAAUAUCGAGAGCUUUUUUGUAUAUUUCAGACAUGAAAGAAACGGACAGUUAUGAUUCAUAAUUUGUACAAAUACGUAUAUUUACUAGUACUCUUAUAUCGCAUAUUGUUAUUUUUUCUUCAUCCCAGACAUGGUUGGUCAAUCGUCAAAUUCAAUUAAAGUCUUUUUAUAAAAUGUUUUAAUGAAAUAAGUGUACAGAACAAUGCAUAAUACAAAUAAACAACCUGUUAAAUAAAAAUCAAAGGGUAAACAUUCAUUAAUCUUAAUUAACAGUACUAAUGAUUAAUGUCAUCAAUGUCAAUUAUUCUAUUGUCAAUUAAAGGUCUUUAUAAAUUAGUAAUAAAAAGUGUGGGGGCUAUGUCCACUCUAUAAAAUUAAAGGUAUGGGGUUUUGUCCACUCUACAAAGUUCAUGUGUGGGGUUUUGUCCACUUUAUAAAAUUGUAUUGUGUGGUGUUUUGUCCGUCUUCCCUCAUGCAAAUAUUGUGUAUGUCUUGAGAGAAAUAUUGUAUUGUAUUGUAUUGUAUUGUAUUGUAUGAUUAACAAUAUCCCCUAAAAGUUUGCUGAUUUGUUGUUGUUUAUCACUCGUUAGCAUCGUUAGAAUUUUCUAUAUUUAUAAUUAUUUUAUUAAUUAUAAUUGUAUAAAAUGGCUAUUUGAAUAUCAUUCAUCAUAAAAACUGAUGCAAAUGUGAUAGAAUUUGGAUUAUCAUUACAGAUUAAAGAACUUUUCUUCUUAACUAAUUGCAUUUAAAAGUUAAGAGUCAGAAACUGUUGAACCUAAGACGUUGUUAUGUUGAUGUAAAUCAAAUGCUUGUUUAAACUUUUUUGAGCCACUACAACUUAUUUAUUCAUAGAGUUUUUCAAACAUAUUUGUGUAGUUGCUUUGUAUA